AUGUCGGAUUUUCACGUUAAAGGAGAUGGUCCUCUCGAAACGUGGCAAUUAGAAGGAGCCGCUCGUUUUUUCAACAAUCAAGAACACGAAAUAGCUUACCACAAACUCUUUCAGUCCGCCAAUGCCCGCAUUCAAAGGUACUUUAUCACGAUUGGUGUUCGGAUUAACCACGAGGACACGAGAGAUUGGGCGAUGAGUAAGAUGAUCGACGAGGCAACCAAAAUGAAUCUCUCUUACAACGACAAUAAAUCGAUGGCACAGGUUCUGGAUAUGGGAUACAAAAGUGCAAAACGCAACUAUAACAACCGACAGCCUUUGGAUGAUGAAGAAAAAGUUCAAUUGAAGGAUAAAGCUCAAUGGGAAACUCACCAUUCGAAUGUCACCGAGUUUCAAGAUGCUAUGGAUAAACUUGCUGAGAAUUCUGCAUUCGAAAUCAGAAUUUUGUCUGCUCUUCUCAGCGGUCACCCCGAUGAUAUCCAGUACACCAAAGAGACUUGGACCGAAGAAUAUGAGCACGAGAAAUACGUAGUUCACCAUCAUUUCUUCCCGAAGUUUGUAUCUCAUGGUACUAGACAUAUGACUGAAGCUGAGAUGGAAACUCUUAGAAAUGCCACAACAAACUACUGA